AUGGCAGAGUUGCUAGCAGUUGCCCAAGGUCUUCGUAUUGCUUGGCAGUAUGGGUGCAGGAGGAUAGUUUGCGAAUCAGAUUGCUUGAAUGUGAUUGAAAGUCUAAGGAAGAACAAGUCAGUUAAUCUGCAUUCUUGUGCCAUACUUCUCACAGAGGUUAGAUGUAUGUUGCUGGAGGAUUGGGAGGUAGUCUUUCAGCAUGUCUUGCGAGAUAAUAACACGGUUGCAGAUCUCUUAGCUAAGCUAGGAUUGAAGGAAAAGUGGGAUCUCACAGUUUGGGAUUCUCCCCCUCCUGAGGUUGCUCAGUUGAGGGAGUUAGGUUAG